CCUGUAUGUACAAGAAUAAUGCAACGUUUGCGAAUUUUUGAUAUAGUUUAUUGUUUAAUGUUUUGGCUUGCUGGCAAUUUCGCGAUUUCAAUAAUUAAAAUGCAAAAUUUACAUUUAAUUGACCCGUAUUCUCUAGUAGUUUAGGUUGUCGUAAUAUAAUCUUGAAUAAGAAGCAUCUUUUUGUGAAAAAUGAGAAAGUUACUGUUCAUUGCAUUAUUAAUGUUGUCCUUACUCUCAUUACUCAAAGCGAAUCCAUUUGAUACCAUAAUCAGUAGUGACAUCAGUCAUAAAACUUUAGACGAACUGGAAACAAGCAAACAAAUUUCUGAUUCGGAAACAUCCAAAACCGAAGAAAAUAUCGAAACCGAACAAAAAACCGACGAUAAUAAAGGCGAAGAUGAAUUGGAAGAUGAAGAAGAAACGAAUGACGUUCCAAAUCUACCCGACAAACCUUCGCUGUUAGACAAACUGAAGGGGAACAAGAACAAAGACGAGGGCAGCAGUCAAGAAGAAUCAGAGCCGAUUCCGUGCACUUGCGGAGUUUUCUUGAGCGGACAGUUUAAGAAAGGGUCGAAGAAGCAACCCAAGGGGAUGCCGGUUUUGACACAGGAAAUGGACACCUCUUUUAUGAAUAAUGCAGUGGGCAACCGCCAGUGUACGAACAAGUGCUUAGAACUGAUCAUCAAACACCUGCCGAAGAGCAAUGAAAUUAUUUGUGCCACGGUUGAGAGGGAACACGUUUACAAGGAGAGAGCUUACCUAUUCGUGAAAAACCACAGUGACAAAUGGCACGGAACAAAUCUAUCUGCUGGAAGGGAAUAUUGUUGUAGAGAUUAUGUGUCUUAUAAAUGCCCUGUCGGUUAACAAUAAUUAUUGUAGAUUUCUUACUUUUAAUAUAACAUAAUGAAAAC